AUGGGCACCCUCAGCUGUGACCCCGCCCAGAGACGUACCUCCACUGCCCUAGGCCGGCGGGCCACUGAAUACGAGAUCCCGGAGACAGGCCUUCGGAAAGCCUGUCGAGCAGCUGCUGGCCUGGGGACAGGCACCGGAUCUGGUCUAUACGUCCUUCCGUCCACCAUCAGUCACAUCCAGCAAGACAGCACUAGAGUGUCUGGCCCUGCCUACUCCCUGGCCCGGAGACCCAGUGAGGCAACUCCGGAGGACAGCAGCCCCGGGCCGGUCUACUUCCUGGACCCUAAAGUUACUCGCUUUGGCCGCAGCUACACCCCUGCUUAUUCCAUGCAGGGCCGGGCCAAGUCUCGAGGUCUGGAGGUGACACCGGGUCCGGGGGCCUAUAGCCCGGAGAAAGUGCCUCCCGUGCGCCAGCGGACACCCCCAGCUUUCACACUGGGCCCCCGCCUCCGCCCGCAGCUCCUGGACACCUCAGCACCGGCCCCCAAUGCUUACACACUGCCCUCCCUCUGGGGCUCCCAGAUCUUCAUCAAGCCCAGCAGUCCCAGCUAUACGGUGGUCGGUCGCACGCCCCCCAUCCGUCCCCCCCAGGACCCUGCAGAGAUACCUGGCCCUGGCCAGUAUGACAGCCCCGACCCCAAUGCCUACCGGCACCGCCGACCAGCCUUCACCAUGCUGGGACGGCCCCGCACUCCUCGUCCACCUGAUGCCACACCUGGACCUGGUACCCACAGUCCCGAACAGGUCACUGUGCACAAGGCUAGGGCCCCAGCUUUCACCAUGGGCAUCCGUCACUCCAAACGGGUCACCACAGCCGCAGACACCACACCCUGA